AUGAUUAACCACAAGUGUCUGAAAGAAAGAAACAGAACCUUAAGCCUUUCUUCUGCAAUAUCCCAUUCCUUUUUGUAUCUCGCUGCCUUACACAGGAGCUUAGCACGUGGAUAUCCAAACGAUCACACAACGUACGGGUUGUUGUCUGGAGUGUUUCAAGCGAGCUCUUCCCUAGGGGCGUUUGUAGGGCCAUCUGUAGGAGGAAUCUUAUUGGAACAUGUUGGUUACAGAAUGAGCACUGCUGUUUUGGUUGCUGAAGAACUAGUUCUGAUAGGUGUGCUUAUCAUAUAUACCUUCUACAAUAUGGCCACCAGCAAGAAAGUCGUGGACGAUGAGAAACGGUUUCUUCUUCAUAAACCUACAUCUUCUACUUAAUACAAGUAAUUAAACAGUUUUU